AUGAGGAAGGAAGUCUUUCAAUAUGUUUUGGUGUCAGCAAUUCAGCUGCAUGAUGAACUGGAACCACAGACUAGAUGUCAGACCAGCAUCCUCCUCUACAGUAAGAGGUUGUAUGUUCUUAACUUGUAUUCCAAUGCUUAACACAUAUAGAGUUUUCCCUGUUCUACCUUUAAUUGUGUUUUUGACCUGCAGGUGUGUUUAAAUAUCUCCCCAGAUCAACAGAUUGAGAGGACUCACUAUGAAUUUAAGAUCAGCAGCAAGAGGAUUUCUAGUUUUCCUUCUGUCAGCACCAGCGCUUCAUGGUAAUAGUGACGGGACAGUUACUUACUCAACUAGUAAUGUAUGUGCUUUAGGAGGAGCAAUGGUUGACAUCAGCUGCACUUAUGAAUACGCUGACGACAUACAGCACGAAGAAGCAACAGUCAAUUCACUGUGGUUUACUAAAGGAGACAAGUCUCAGCCAGUUGAUCUGGAACACGAUACAAACUAUACAGGUCGUGUUGAAUACAGCUGUGGAGAGAUCCAUUGUCAACAUCUGAGAUGUCAUGGAACCUGUACCUUGAGAAUCAAAGACCUGAGACAUAGUGACUCUGCUGUCUACAAGUUUAGGUUCACAACAAGGCACGCCAGGCAAUAUACUGGUGACCCUGGAGUCACGUUAUCUGUAACAGAUCUCCGGGUGAAGGUGUCCAUUCCUUCCCCUGUAAGCAGUCCUGACUGGACAAAGCUGGAGUGUCUCAGUACGUGUGAUCUAGCUGGUGACCCUACCUACAUCUGGUUUAGGAAUGGAUUUAAUGUAGGAGAUGGAAAGUGGUACUGGAACCAACCUGAGGGUGGAGAAAUCUUUUCAUGUGCUGUUGAAGGAUACGAACAUCUCCGCUCUCCUGUAGUGUCACUUCAGGGUAAUAAUGGUGAAGGGACAGUUACUUACCCCCAAUCCUCUUUGGUCUGCACGUUAAGAGGAGCAACGGCUGACCUCGACAGCACUUAUGAAUACCCUUACGACGUACAGUACAACCCUACCACAGUCAAAACACUGUGGUUUACUAAAGGAAACAAGUCUCAGCAUACUGAUCUGUUAAGUGAUGCAGACUAUACAGGUCGUGUUGAAUCCAGCUGUGGAGAGGUCAGCUGCACCGGGUCCAGAUGUCAUGGAACAUGUACCCUGAGAAUCAAAGACCUGAGACUGACUGACUCUGCUACCUACAAGUUUAGGUUCACAACAAACCAUCCAAAAGGGGAAUAUCCUGGUGACCCUGAAAUGACGUUAUCUGUAACAGAUCUCCAGGUGAAGCUGUACUUUCCUUACGCUGUCGAUCCUACCUAUGCAAAGCUGAAUUGUGUCAAAACGUGCGGUCAAGCUGGUGACACUCCCUACAUCUGGUUCAAGAAUGGACAGAAUGUAGGACGGGGAGAGCACUACAUGGACUACAGUCAGUCUGGAAACAACUAUUCAUGUGCUGUUGAAGGAUACCAUCUCCGCUCUCCUUUAGUGUACGCUCCAAAGACCCCCUCAGUGACCAUAAGUCCCUCUGGUGAAGUAGAGGAGGGCAGUUCAGUGACUCUGAGCUGCAGCAGUGAUGCCAACCCAGGAGCUACCUACACCUGGUUCAGGUUAAUUACAGAUCAUUCCUCCAGGGAGACGAAGCAGGGACCAUACCUCGUCUUCAGAAGGAUCCUGUCUUCAGACUCUGGACGAUACUACUGUCUAGUUCAGACUGUGCUAAGGACAACAUCUGAGUUGAUCAAUAUUAUGGUGAAAUAUGGGCCUAAACACGCAUCAGCGUUACCAAGUCCCUCUGGUGAAAUAAAGGAGGGCAGUUCAGUGACUCUGAGCUGCAGCAGUGAUGCCAACCCAGCAGCUGAGUACACCUGGUUCAAGAACAACCAACCUCUGCUCUGGGAACCAAGUCAACCUCAUACCUUCCCCUCAGUCCGCCCUGAAGACAGAGGAACAUACCGCUGUCACGCAGAGAACCAAUAUGGACAACUGGGCUCGAACUCGAUAUUCAUGGAUGUCAAGUACGCUCCAAUGACCCCCUCAGUGACCGUGAGUCCCUCUGGUGAAAUAGAGGAGGGCAGUUCAGUGACUCUGAGCUGCAGCAGUGAUGCCAACCCAGCAGCUGAGUACACCUGGUUCAAGGAUCAUGGCUCAGUGAGAAAAUCAGGGCAGAACCACACCAUCACGAAUAUCACAUCUGAGCUUGGAGGAAACUACUACUGCCAAGCUCAUAAUGAAAUCGGACAUCAUGACACUACCUUUUUGUUCAUUAAAGUGACAUCAUCAUCACAGAGAGCAAUGGUAGCUGUAACAACCAUUGGUUUCUUACUGGCCACCAUACUCCUCCUUCUCGCCUUCCUAUGGAUGAGAAAGAGGUCCUCCAGCAAAGUAUGUGGACAGGGAGGAAGGCCAGAUACCGUGGAGGAGGUCUUAGCUCUGAACAAUCACUUGGCUGCUGCACCAGAGAGAGAAGAAAUAGAAGAGAAAGAUGACUUUCACUAUGCCAUUCCACCCUAUGGUCAACAUUAAGAGACCCAACGUUGUCCCUGGAGAAAGUGACCAGACAGAGGUGGCAGAAACCUCACAGAUGUACAUCACUGUCAAAAAAACAACCAAGAGAUUUAACCAGUUUGAUCUAAAUAGUGAAACUAGAUAAAGUGUUUCCAUUUAGUUUAAACGGGACAAAGACGCUUAAUUACCAGUACUGAAUACUUGCCAACACUGCUUAUACAUGAUCUGAUUAAUCUUGAAUUGUUUGACUUAUUUACCUGAUUGUGUAUGUUCCACUUGUGAUGGCCCCAGCGAGGCCUCGCUCUGGGCGAUUUAGUUCUGCUUCAUCGCUACCACCUGCUGGUUUCCAGGAUGUUCUGCAACUGUGAGGAGAGCUCUUAAAGGUCCCAUGGCAUGCUACUUUAUGGAUGCUUUGAUAUAGAUAUUAGUGGGCCUCAAAUACAGCUUUUGAAGACGUUCCCGAAAUUCAGCCGUGGUGCAGAUAUUACAGCCACU